AUGAUUUACCAACCACUGAUAGUCGCAUGGUGUGUUGCCAUCCUGCUGCUUGCCGUCACGGGCGCAAAUGGCCUGUACGUGCUGGAGCUGGUGCAGGUGAUCCACCGCCGCGGUGCAAGUCCGCCGCCAGUGGGCACACCCAACCGUGCCAAGAUGUGCAGCCCCAAUGGUUCAGGCAGCUGCAGCGCCAUCGCAAAUCGAGGCGUGGAGCAGAUGACGGCCAUGGGGGCCUACAUUCAGCAGCUCUACAACGGAGACGGAUCCACCUCUGGCAGCGCCACGUGGUUUCAGUCGCCGUAUGAUGUGUCUGCGGUAUACACCCGCUCUCUCGCGGACCCCGCCACGGUUCAGGCGGCGGCGGCGCUGCUGAGGGGUGUUUACGCCAAUGAAGGUGCCUCCGCCGUCCCGGUGAUCAUUUCGGCACCGCCCGACCAGGACACCGUGCUUAACGUGGAUGCGUUUCCAUCGGUGAGCGUCAGCAAGGAGAUCAACGCGGCCGCGCGCAAUGAGGCAUUGGCGGCAAUUGUUGACGAGAAUUUCCCUGAUGCCGGUGUGCUGAGCGCCAUGGGCGCGGAGGUAGGCCUGGAUGCCGUCUGUUCGGCGGCCGCCACCAAGGUGGCGUGCUGCCAGCAGCUGCAGAAGCUGGCGACGAUGUACGCGGCGGUGGGAGCCACCGACGGCGCCCCCACCGUGACGGCGAACAAGGCCAAGCUGGAUGCCGUUGCCGCUGCGGAACUUCGCGCAUCGCAGGGGUACGACGCCAACUCGCCCCUGAUUGCGGCGCGCGGAAGCCUUGGCCAGCCGCUUGUGCAGGAACUGCUUCGCAACAUGCGCCAGAAGAUGCUUCCCGAGAAGGACGCCAACCGCAACACGAAGAGGCUGUUGCAGUACGCUCACCAGGUCCCCGUCGGUACGACCCUUGGGCACAAUGCGAGCGACGCGACUCCAGUAGGCGAGACGUUUCUGAUGGACCUUUUGCGCGACGACGCGACGCACGCCCGUUUCGUGCGGCUACGGUACGCAGUGGUAAAGGAUGGUGCCGCUGCUGCUGCCGUCUUUCCGUUCCGUUGCCUAAACGCGGCCAAGGUGCCGACGGACGCCACCACGGCUGACGGUAUCAUUUGUCCGUUCGACGACUUUGUCCGGUUUAUUGAGUCCAGCGGGGGCACGAACCCGGCCGGUGCGGUGUGCUACCUUGACGAGAGGACGAAGAGGGAGUUCAAGUGCGACGUGGAUGGCGCCGCCCCAUCGCAGGAGUGUGCCCGCUACCGUGCUCUGUGCCCGUUGCAGGCGUGUCCCGAGGGCCAUAUUUACGAUGCGGGGAGCGGGUCGUGCAAAAUCGGGGUGCUGUUGAGCAACGUGAUGUCGAACACUGCCGGGGUUGGUGUGGGCUUUGCUGCAGUGGCGUGUGGCUUCGUGCUUUCCUUGUUCGUCAUGCAGCUAUGCCCAAUGCUGUUUUUGAAGGGCUCCAGUGACGUGCAGGGCCAGGCCCCCGCAACCGUGGACAACGCCCUUGUUUCGAGACAGUAA